UAGGCACCUUUUUAGCUGAACGGUAAAGUUGACAUUAUAUCAAGCUAGUCAGACUGUUCUGUGCUUGUAUAACUCUUCCGAACCUGUCACGAUGAGUUCUAAUACUCAGACUACCUCUGGGCCCGGAUUCCACGCCAUUAGCCACGCUACAGGAGCCGAUAUGGCGUAUAGCGAUCUUGCUUUUGUCACGACUCACCCACCUGAUGUCUCUCCCAGAAGCCGGAUUGUUGCCGUUUGCGGCAUUUCUGAUGAUGGGGAUCUCGCCUCUCCAGGAGAAGACGGCCAAAUUUGGCUGACCUGCGAGGAGCCGCAACACUUGAUCGAGAAGUACGGGGAGUACGCUCACGGUGAUCCUCGCAACGAGCGCCGAAUCGUGCUAGAUAAACAUCUUCUUUCUGGAAUCGACCUUGCAGGCAACCUUCAUGUGGUGCCAAAAGCCAUUCUCCUCGAGCGAUUUGUUAAAACAGUGGAGGAACAAGCUGCAUACGCCAAGCGGGACGGGCAGCACCUGAUUAUUUUGAUAUUCGCCCACGGGCAGCAGAAUCCGAACGGUACAUUUCUUGGAUCCGAAGACGAAACUAUGCUCCUAAACACAGAGCACCUCCAACGAGCUAUCCCCCGGGGAACGAAGGUCACACUGAUGCUAACAUCAUGUUACUCGGGUGGUUGGCUCGUUCAGCCGGAGUUGGGCCACAGACGACUGCUCAACGCUACGGGGAUCGCCGCCUCUGGGCCUGAAGACGAAACAAAAUCCUGGUCACUGAGUCGCAGCGCGGGCAGAGCGUGUGGGAGCACGAUUGCUACCGCCAUUUUGAACGAACUUAUCCAGAUUGAAGAGGCAGCAGGAAGCGAUAAUUCUCCACAAUCUCACCCAACAUAUAUCGACCUGGCAACCUCAAUUUAUGACAGGGCCAUUAGUCUCGAUACAUUCUUCGCCGAUCAAAACGUCCAUUUUUCUGCGCAAGAUGAUGAUUGGGAAGCUCACUGGCGAGCCCGCGUCGGCACUCCUCUCGUCCAGUACAAAGCCCGCUGGGAAAUGUUACGGCAGGUGGCACCAAGUGGCACUGGGUUUCCAAAUGCAAAUUCAACUCCUUCUAAUAGACGCCUUGGAUCCCUGAAAAAGGAUUUGGGAAAGCUUUCACGCGAAUACUUCGCCGCAAAUCCUGGCCGUGACAGCUUGGCCUCGAAUGUUUCUCUGCAUAGUGGCAUAGCCCAAGUUUUGAUCUUUGAAACCCCUAUGUUUUCGACUGUCGAAAAAAUCCAAUCCCUGCUGAACAAGAUCCUCUAUCGUCUGAAUGCCAUGAAAGAGACUGAUGAGUACGUUCAGGCCAUGGGCCUGGAGUUCCCGAGCUGUUUGGGGUAUAAUAUUGAAACCCAAUUCCGACCAAGUGCAGCCGUUCAAGCGAGAAGAGACUUUGCAUAUAAACAUCUUCUAAGAGUGAGGAUCUUCCCGUCGCCCGUUGCAGCUGUUCGGCCUGCCCUUACAAAACCGAGUAAGUUUCUUGCCAUUGCCUUGGCAGAGAGGUGUAGUUCCCAGGAUGAAAUAGAGGAGAAAGUAGAGAAAGCUCUCGAGUGGCGAAAGCUGAGAGCAAAUAACCUGUUACCUUACCUCCAAGCCCACAAAAUAAUGAACGAAAGCCAUAUCAGAAGCAAGCUGAAGGCUUGCUUCGCUGGACUAAGGGACGCAGGACAUAGGCUCUAUGUGAAAGCACAGGUUAUGACUCCCAGCCACCAGGGAUACACGGCAGUGUCAACAGAUGAAAUCCCGACAUUUUAA